UUGAAGCAGCAACGUAGCACUCAAUGUAACAAUUUACUAUUUAUAUUCAAAAUGGCAGCCAUCCGUACCGCUCGUCACGAUCCUGAUUCGGAAAGCCCAAUUGAUUAUGUUCAGAUUGACGGAUUGGUUGUCUUAAAAAUCAUCAAACAUUGUCAUGAAGAAGGAGCUGGAGUCACUGAUGUUGCUCAAGGUGUGUUAUUGGGUCUGGGAGUGGAUAAUCGCUUGGAAAUAACCAAUUGUUUCCCUUACCCAAGGCACACUGAUGAAGAAGAUUUCGAUGAAAUGGAGUAUCAGAUGGAAAUGAUGAGACAUCUUCGACAUGUGAAUGUAGAUCACCUUCAUGUAGGCUGGUACCAGAGUACUCAUUUUGGAAGCUUUUACAAUAAGCCUCUAUUAGAGUCUCAGUUCAAUUACCAGAGUUCAAUUGAAGAAUCUGUAGUACUUAUUUAUGAUCCUGUAAGAACAACACGUGGUUUUCUUUCACUGAGGGCUUACAGAUUAUCGAAUACUGCUAUGAAACUUUAUAAAGAAGGUGAAUUUACAUUGGACAUGCUUAAAAAUCUUCAUGUCUCUUAUUCCAAGAUGUUUGAAGAAAUAACUGUUAUAAUUAGAAACUCUCAUCUUGUUAAUCUGUUGAUGUGUGAAAUUGCUGAUUCAAUGCCUGAGCAAGAGAGCAACCAAUUUUUGGACAUGGGAACUGCCUCAGUCCUUGAGAAGAGUCUUCAGGCUAUGAUGGAAUGUGUUGAUACAGUAACUCAAGAAACGAAUAAGUUGACAAAUCAUCAAAGACAAGUGAUUAAGCAGCAACAGGCCAAAAAUCAAUACCUUCAAAAGCGAGCUGCUGAGAACAAUGCUCGAAUAGCUAAAGGUGAACCGCCGUUGCCAGAAGAUGAUAUCAACAAACUGUUCAAGCCCAUUCCACCACCUUCUCGAUUGGAUGCUUUGUUGGUAUCGGGACAAAUUGAUAGCUAUUGCAAACAAAUUUCACAAUUCUCUACCCAGAAUUUGGCUAAACUGUUCAUGACUGAAGCAUUAUAUCCAAAGUAAACUGGUGUAAAUAAUUUUAGUAUUAAAAUAUUAAAAAUUCUGUGGUUCA